AUGCCGUGGACAGUUACCAAUUCAUUUAAGAGAGGACUUAUGAAAACUUACGGACGACCAACAUGGCGCGUCUACGAUGAUGAGCGCGCCGCAAAGAAAAGACGCGUGGAUGAGUCGGAUGAAGCUGAGGCCAACCUGCAAUAUGCCAUCCGUGAAUCUUCAGCAGCCGUGCUGUCGAGCCCAUCGCGUCGGAACUCCUUGUUGUCGGAAGGCACGCUCGAUGAUAUUGACGAUCUCACCACACCACCAUCGUCACCACCUCCGCGGUUAACCCCACCGCCAGCAAACACCCGCAAGCCAACAUUCGCCUUUCUCAAGCGGAAGCACAAGGAAGUCCCGACCGGAUCGCCCUUGACAGAGGUCAACUCGAAUAGUGUACGCGCAUCCGUGGACCCACCCAAGCAAAAGGGUCAGAAACAGCCCGUCAUGCGCCAGAUGCAGAUCGACCUAGGAAAUGAUACACGAAAGACCUGUGUUACCUGUGGCAUGGAAUAUAUCCCAUCCAAUACGGAGGAUGCGGCACUGCAUAAAAAGUUCCACGAGAUGAAUGCGACUGGGAUCGACCUGGGCAAGGCAUUUAUGCGUGCGAACGCCUCACGCUGGGUUUACGAGGCGACUCGAUUCGAUGAGGGGUACGUGGUAAUUGUGGACCGCAAGGCGUCCCCCAGUGCCAAGAGCCAAGCGAAGAAGGUUCUUGAAGUUGUCAAUAAAGAGCUCUCAUCACCGGAAAUCGACGACGAGACCCUCUGGAGCCAAACGGAACCACCCAAACAUUUACAAGAUGGUCCGACCGAGAAAGUAGAUCGGUACCGGGUAUUUCUACAUAUGAAGGACAGUCGCUGUGUCGGGCUCUGUCUGACCGAGCGCAUCUGGGAAUCGCGACCGGUGGUGAAAGAAAAUGGCGAACACAAUGGCUCUGUCUCGACACGAGAUGAAAUCCGCCCGGCCAUUGUCGGAGUCUCUCGCAUCUGGACCUCCGGAUCCUCGCGGCGAAAGGGAAUCGCUUUAGAUCUCCUCGACUGCGUGGUCAUCAACUUUAUUUACGGGAUGGAAAUAACAAAGGCACAAAUUGCAUUCAGCCAGCCAACGGAGAGUGGCAAUCGCUUGGCACAUAAGUUUUUCGAGGGCGAAGAGACAUGGCAUGUCUAUAACGAGCGGUGA